UGUUCGCAUGGUUGGAAUUUGGGGUAUGGGUGGAAUUGGGAAAACAACAGUUGCCAAAGCCAUCUAUAACAAAUUUUAUCAUAAUUUUGACAGUAAAAGUUUCCUAGCAGAUGUUAGGGAAACUGCAAAGGACUCAAAUGGUAAGAUUGCUCUGCAAGAAAGACUUCUUUCUGAUGUCUUAAAACCAACCAAGAUAGUGGUAGGUGAUGUUUCUAGAGGGAUCAAUGUGAUAAGAGAACGACUUGGAAGGAAAAAGGUACUUUUCAUUGUUGAUGAUGUAGAUCAUGAGGACCAAUUGAAUGCAUUGGCUGUAAGGCGUGAUUCCUUUGGUCCGGGAAGUAGAAUUAUUAUAACAACAAGAGAUCGACAUUUGCUAGAACUACUGAAAGUGGAUACAAUACAUCUGACCCAAGAAAUGAAUGAAGAAGAAGCUAUUGAGCUCUUCAGUUGGCAUGCCUUUCAAAAUCAUUCUCCUAAUGAAGAUUAUAUCGAACUCUCAAGAAGAGUGGUUACUUACUGUGGAGGUUUACCACUUGCUCUUGAAAUUUUAGGGUCUUUCCUCUUUGGAAGGAGCAUAGAAGAUUGGAUUAGCACACUGAAGAAAUUGAAAAAAAUUCCUGAUGUCAGAAUUCAGUCAAGGCUCAGAAUAAGCUUUGAUGCAAUUGAUGAGAGCCAGAGGAACAUAUUCCUCCAUAUAUGUUGUUACUUCAUCGGAAUGGACAAGAACUAUGUCAUAAAAAUACUCAAGGGAUGUGGUUUUUCUCCAGAAAUAGAAAUCAGUGUCCUGCUCCAACGUUGCCUUGUAACUGUUAGUGAGAAAAACAAGCUCAUGAUGCAUGAUUUGCUUCGAGACAUGGGCAGAGAAGUUGUUCGUGAAGAAUCCCCAAACCGCCCUGAAAGACGUAGUAGAUUGUGGCGUAAGGAAGAUGUAAUAGAUGUGUUGACAGAUGAAUCUGGAACUGAAGAGACUGAAGGACUUGCUAUAAAUUUGCAAAGAUCUGACAACAUGAGUUUCAGUACAGUAUCAUUUAGAAACAUGAAGAGACUGAAAUUGCUCCAACUCAACCAUGUACAACUCACUGGAGACUGCGACAAGUUUCCCAAAAAGUUAAGGUGGCUCUGCUUUCGAGGAUUCUCUCUACAGUUCAUUCGAAAUGAGCUUCUUAAUGAGACAUACCUGGUUUCUGUCGACCUGCGGUACAGCAAUCUUGUACGAGUUUGGGAGUAUUCCUGGCGGCUUGGGAAAUUGGAGAUACUUAAUCUCAGUCAUUCACAUUACCUAAAACAAUCACCAGACUUUUCACACCUCCCAAAGCUACGGUAUUUGAUCCUUAAAGACUGUGUGAGUUUGCCAGAGAUUCACUGGUCAGUUGGACUUCUUCGGAGACUUGCCUUGCUAAAUCUUAAAGGCUGCACAAUGCUCAAGGACCUUCCGGAGGACUUUUAUAAGUUGAUUCAUGUUAAGACUCUUGUUCUUUCUGGCUGUUCGAGAUUUGAGAAUUUGAGCAAGAAUAUAGGAAAUAUGAUCUCUUUGAAAACUCUUAUUAUAAGUGGCACAGCCAUAAGUGAAGUACCAUCCUCUGUAGAUAACAUGAGGAGACUGGACUUUUCAUCUCGACAAGGCCUGAGUGGCCUAAAACGAUGUUUCCAGGAUGAGACAUCAGGACCAAUCCGAGGAUGAAUUUUAAGAGGAGAUUAAGCAGAGAAAGACAGCUGAAAGUGAAGUGGUGAUGCACCUCAGAUUGUUAACUUAAUAUCUUUUCUCUGACUCUUGGUGUUAUGUUGCUGUUGCUGUCAUAGGAGUAGCCAGUGCCCUUCUUUUUCCUCAUAUCGAUCAGACUCAUGAUUUUUCUGACCAACCGGAUAUUCUAUGUACACUCAUCAGUUGUUUUAACGCCAUUCUUGGAAAAGUGGCAAAGAUGGUUUUGUAAGAAUAAAAAAAAUUGAACCUGUACGUGAUGUCAAUAUAAUCAUGUAUAGAGUUUGUAAAUUUGUUUAACAUUCAGGAGCUUGAAUUGUCAGGGAAUGUUUAUAUUGGCUAAGUUACACUUCUC